GGAUCAGCGAUGUAAAAUGAAGGACAAAACAAACGCGCCACCAAGUGGACCAGAUCAGUAUUACAGUCUCACUGCACAGCCCGACGUUACAGUUUGAAGCAAAACAAGCUCCGGUUUAAGGAGUGUGAUCAAUAACAGCAGAAGAGAUCAGACUUUUCAGGACUCUCUGUGUGUGUGUGUGUGUGUUUGUGCAAACUUUACUAAUAUCCAAAGAUGGAGGCCCUCAAUAAACUAAAAAAACGUAAACUCAAGGGAGAAAGGUCCGAAUCACCAGCACCCAGCUGUAUCUCCAUGAAGAGUGAUCAGUCUAUGGAGCCACCUUUGAAAUUUAAAGCUGAAGGCCCCUCAGAUCUACACAGUGUUCUACAGAGAGCAGGAGACAGAAUAGAAAAGAACAUCAUCACAGAUACACGGCACGACCCAGAAUCUGUUGCUGUGAAUGAAUUCCAGAAAAAAUUCAAAUUAAACCUGAUGAAGAAGUUUCAGUGUUUGAAUGGAGUGAUAAUAAACCUGGGAAACCAAACACUCCUGAAUGAGAUCUACACAGAGCUCUACAUCACAGAGGGAGACAGUGGAGAAGUCAAUAAAGAACAUGAGGUGAGACAGAUCAAGGCAGCAUCCAGGAGAACAACAACAGAGGACACACCAAUCAAAUGCAACGACAUCUUUAAGCCCUUAUCUGAACAAGACAAACCCAUCAGAACUGUGGUGACAAAGGGAGUCGCUGGCAUCGGAAAAACAGUCUCUGUGCAGAAGUUCAUUCUGGACUGGGCUGAAGGGAAAGCAAAUCAGGACAUCCACCUCAUAUUUCCACUUCCUUUCAGAGAGCUGAAUCUGAUGAAGGACCAGAAACUGAGUCUGAUGGAGCUCCUUCAUGUCUGUUUUAAGGGAACAAAAGAAACAGAAAUGUCCAGUUUGGAAAAGGUUCUGUUCAUUUUUGAUGGAUUGGACGAGUGUCGUUUUCCUCUAGAUUUCCAGAACACAGUGAGAGUGUGUGAUGUAACUGAAUCAGCAUCAGUGCAUGUGCUGCUGAUAAACCUGAUCAAGGGGAAUCUGCUUCCCUCUGCUCUCAUCUGGAUCACCUCUCGACCAGCAGCAGCUGAUCAAAUCCCCUCUGAAUGUGUCCAUCGAGUCACAGAGGUACGAGGGUUCAAUGACCCACAGAAGGAGGAGUACUUCAGGAAGAGAAUCAGUGAUCAGAGCCUGGCCAAUAACAUCAUCACACACCUGAAGUCAUUAAGAAGUCUCUACAUCAUGUGCCACAUCCCAGUCUUCUGCUGGAUUUCAGCCACUGUUCUAGAGAGAAUGUUGGGUGAAGCAGAGAGUGGAGAGAUCCCCAAGACUCUGACUCAAAUGUACACACACUUCCUCAUCAUUCAGACAAACAUCAUAAGAGUAAAGUACUCAAAGAAGCAGGAGAGUGAUGAAAUACUUCUUAAACUGGGACAACUGGCUUUUCAGCAGUUGAAGAAAGGGAAUCUGAUCUUCUAUGAGGAAGACCUGAGAGAGUGUGGCAUAGAUGUGAGAGAAGCAGCAGUGUACUCAGGUGUGUGUACGCAGAUCUUCAGAGAGGAGUUUGGGCUUCACCAGAGUAAAGUGUACUGCUUUGUUCAUCUGAGCAUUCAGGAGCACCUCGCAGCUCUGUAUGUGCACCUGACAUUCAUGAUGGAAAAGAGAAAAGUUCUUAAUCAGAAUCAGGUCUCUAAAUGGUGGAUGGAAAAAAUGACAAUCUCAGAUGUACACUAUAGUGCUGUAGAUCAGGCUUUAGAAAGUCAGACGGGACAUCUGGAUCUUUUCCUUCGAUUUCUUCUGGGUCUCUCACUGAAGUCCAAUCAGAAACUCUUACAUGCCUUAGUAACACAGACAGGAAGUAGCUCCCAGAGCAAAGAGGAAACAGUUCAGUACAUUAAGAAGAAGAUCAGUGAAGAUCUUCCUACAGAGAAAUCCAUCAAUCUGUUCCACUGUCUGAAUGAACUGGGUGAUAAUUCUCUAGUGGAGGAAAUCCAACACUACCUGAAAUCUGGAAAACAAAGUGAACUCUCUUCUUCACAGUGGUCUGCUCUGGUGUUUGUGUUAUUGACAUCAGCACAGGAGCUGGAAGAAUUUGACCUGAAUAAAUAUUUCAGUACACAUAAGAUAACAGAAACUGUUCUUCUGAAGGUGAUGCCUGUGAUUGCAGCAUCCAGAAAAGCAACUAUCAGGUGUGAUUCACUUGGAGUGAGAAGUUGGUCAGCUCUGGUCUCAGCGCUCAGCUCAGAAACCUCCAAUCUGAGAGAACUGCAUCUGACUGUGAAAACACUGGAUCUGACUGGGAAUGAACUAGGAGACUCAGGAGUGAAGAGUCUCUGUGCUGUACUGGAGAAUCCUCACUCUAAAGUGGAGACACUGAGGUUGCGUGGUUGUGGUGUCUCAGAUGAAGGCUGUGCUGCUCUGACUUCAGCUCUGAAAUCAAACCCCUCACAUCUGAGACAACUGGAUCUGACCUCUAAUAAUGUAGGAGACUCAGGAGUGAAGAGUCUCUCUGCUGUACUGGAGGAUCCUCUCUGUAACCUGGAGAUACUGUGGUUGUAUAAAUGUGGUGUCUCAGAUGAAGGCUGUGCUGCUCUGACUUCAGCUCUGAGAUCAAACCCCUCACACCUGAGACAACUGGAUCUGUCCUAUAAUAAACUAGGAGACUCAGGAGUGAAGUGUCUCUCUGCUGUACUGGAGAAUCCUCACUGUAAACUGGAGAAAUUGGGGUUGUGUAAGUGUGGUGUCUCAGAUGAAGGCUGUGCUGCUCUGACUUCAGCUCUGAGAUCAAACCCCUCACACCUGAGACAACUUGAUCUGUCCUAUAAUAAUGUAGGAGACUCAGGAGUGAAGAGUCUCUCUGCUGUACUGGAGAAUCCUCACUGUAAACUGGAGAUACUGUGGUUGCGUGAGUGUGGUGUGUCAGAUGAAGGCUGUGCUGCUCUGACUUCAGCUCUGAGAUCAAACCCCUCACACCUGAGAGAACUGGAUCUGUUUAAUAAUAAAAUAGGGGACUCUGGAAAGAAGCUGCUCUCUGCUCUUAAGAAUGAUAAACAUUACAAACUACAGACACUGAUGUUCAGUGUGUGAUGAAAAUCCAUGUGUGUGUGAUGAAGACUCCGGUGUUCCUGCAUUUCCAUGUUGGGGAAUAGAGAACACAUUUAUAAACACAUCACUCAUUUAAUUAUAACACAUUAAACAGACUCAGAGACGUGAGAAGUGUGUGUUCAUCAUGCAGUGUAUAAUGACCUCUGACCCCUGGAUAAACUUCCAUGGACCUCAAUCCCAUAAAAAACCUGAGGGAUUAUUAGCAACAGCAGGUGAAAAUGGCACAUGACCUCGAGCUGAACCCAGUCAGUGGAAGAGAGAGCUAAAAUGGGCAGUAACAGUUUCAAGACAUUGGUGGAAUUCUCACUUGGCAUGAUUGGCAUCUGAGGAGUUUAAUGAGUAUUUAACAGGUAUUUUGUAGCAAAAUAAUUUUCAACAUAAAUUUAUGUAACAACCAAAUAUAUUGUUACACUGUGUAUUUUUGUAGAGAAAAGUAAAUCAUCCCAGCUGAGUCAACAUCAUAACCCAACCUUGCUGAGAUAAAACAGUCCAGACUGAGUCGGUCCACAUUGUCCUGGUGUGGAUAAAAAUGGCAUGAAAUAAACACGAGAGAGACCAAGUAUGAUUAACAUAACACUGUAUAAAUGAAGGAGCCUCAGCUCCAGGUGUCAGAUCACUUCUGAGAAUUCUCAUCGGUGUGGAUCUCGUGUGGUGGAACGGAACCAAUAAAUCUGGAACCUUGCUUCUUCUCACUCACGGUUGGUGCCUUAUUUUUCUAUCUCCAACUGGAUUUGCAGAUGUGAGUAUUUGCUUCUAUGUUGAAUUUUUAAGUGUCUUCAGGUAAUAGGUUAAAUUUGAGCAAGCAGUCCCCAGCGCUGGAUUUCAGAAUCGACCCAAACUGGGUUCUGUUUAACUCAGCAAUUUUGGAGUACACUUUUUGGAGGAGACUCAACUGGGAAUUAGUGUAUAUGAGCAUAAACACCUUCUUUCUGUUGUGUAUCAAUCUGUUUUUUUUUACAUGCUUCCCUCUCUCAUCUUUUUUAGGCAGGUCAGUAGUAGAAUCUUUUUUCAUGUGUACAUUGUAGACUGUUUUUUGACUAAUUGAAAGCAUACUUAAAUAAAAUGCCUUGUCCAUCCUAAACAUUUCACCUUUUACAUUCAAUUAAUACAAUUUUUCACUAACUACACACUCAGUGGUCAUUGUGAUAUAAUUAUAUUUCCUGUUCUGAUAUGGACAAUACUCCAUAGCACACUUCUCUCUUUCUCCCCAUCAGCUGUUACUGUGAGGCAGAUUUUUGGAACUACUGACAGAUUUGUUUGCACUUUCACUUUGGAUGAACUGAAAUAUUCUUUCCCUGAUGCAGUAUUUUGUGUUUUAACCAUUCCCAUGAAGAUAGAUUGCAUGUUCUCUUUCUAGUUAGUUAACUUUGCUCAUUACUAGUCAGCUGGUAUCUUGUGCACAGUUUGUUUCAACUCAGGGCUGGGACAGAUUAUCCAAUUGUGGGUUUUUCAAUAUUUAACCAAUAUAAAUAUUAAAAAGAGCUUGUGACU